AUGGCACUCUUGUUUUGGCUGCGAGUCAUUUCUGUGAUUAUUUUCUUUUGUUAUUCUUCUCUCGUUUGUUGGUUAGUAUUCAGCUUUAACUCAAUCCAACCAAGAAAACAAGGAGAAACAAUGUCCGGAAAUCAAGCGUCUGCCGUGCCGCAGGGAGAUGAUCAGAGGAGAGCGAGGCCGGAGUCUGAGAAUGUUACAGAUCAACCCGCCGCGACACACAUAAGAGUGGAGGAGGCGCGGCGAACACAGUGGACCAUGAGCAGCACCGUAAGGGACAUUCUGAUGGAGGGAAGCACUAGCAGAACCAACAUGAAGCUGAACGAUUUCCUUCGGAGCAACUUGGGCGGCACGGCGGCCGUUGGUGAAGACCACAAUGUGACGAUGCAGGCGUUUGUUCAGGAGCCGGAUGCUUACAUACAAGACCAGCAGCUUCUUGGAAGAAUUUUUAAUUUACCAGAGUACCAAGAGCUGGAAAGAGAGCUGGAGGAAAAGAAAAUACUAUUGGAGGCUAGUUAUAAGCUUCACCACGGGGGUGUGCACUUUCUCGAGCAAUGGAGGGGCUAUCAAGGAAAGGCUACGCUCACUCCACUUGUAUGUGAAAAACUAAACGGGGUUUUUGCUCAGGUACAGAGAAAAGAAAAACGUGAGGCAAAUGAAAGAGCGAUGCUUGAGGCAGCGAAGGUUCCUGAAGCUGUGAUGCUGGAGGGAUGCUACGAGUCUGUGUACAAUGCGAGUUGGCACCAUGUGGUGGAAGUUCCUGGUGGCGAGGGGACGGCAAUGGAGGUGAAGGAGGGGAAACCGGAACAGUCAUGGACGUACAACGAAGUUGGCGACACUCCCGAAAAGGAUGACGGUGUGGAACAAUCCGAUGAAGCACCUCACGUGCUGAUGGUGCUCACCUCGGAAAAGGGAUGGCCGUACUCGUGGGAACGGGGGGUGAGUGAAAUUAUUCCUGACUGCUAUGUGAACUGUGAGGUGGAGCGAGUGUGGCAGAUUGUCAUUGGCGAUCUAACCGAGUGGUUCAGCAUUCACGGUGGGAACAAUCCUUCGCCCAAGCGGCGUGUGCUGAUGGGGACGCCCGGGAUUGGGAAGUCGAUGGCUGCCGGCUCGUACCUCCUCUACCAGCUGCUGCACUACGAUGCGGAGAAACUCCCAAUGGUUGCGUACGUUAUUACGGAUCGAAAAUUCCUAUUUGACAAGAUCACAAGAACGGUGAAAAAAUACAGUGCGGCGUCUAGUAUCGUGGAUAUUUUGGACGGGUUGUCUGACCGUGGGGUGAAAGGGUAUAUUAUCUACGACGUGUCAAUGAAGAGUGAUAAACCGUCUACUGGUUUGCCUUGCAAGGGAUGGGGCAUGAUUGUUGUGACAUCACCGAACACAAAGAAUUACUAUCAUUGGACGAAGAUAGCGGAACCGGAAAAAAUCAUAAUUAAUUGUCCUGAAGAAAACGAUGUGAAGGCAAUGUGCAUUUGGAUGAAGCACAAUCGGCGGCUUCCGGAGGAAGAAACGGAGGAAGAAGCGGACUACUGGAAAAAGGUGAAGGAACGCAUGGAUGAAGUGGGGCCGAUUCUCCGCUUCAUCUUUAAUGAAAAAAAGUGUAAGGAUCGCUUUAACGAGUGUGAAGGCGCUGUGAAUAGUAUCACCGGUUCGAUGCUACAGUAUUACACUGGUAUUGGAACUGGCAAGUCGUGCGAAAGCAAUCAUGUGUCUCACAAGCUUGUGAAGGUUGUCAGAGUACGAAAAGACAACAUUGAAUCGCAUUUGAAUAUACUGAUAUCUCCCCAUUUUGAACGUGAAACAUUGGCCAAGAUGAAAAAAGAAAUGAGGCGGAUGGACUUUACUUAUCUUGUGUUGAGUAUUUGGGAUUAUGUCAUUCCACAAAUUCUUGAAGAUGAAGCCCUAGACGCAUUUUUGAAUGAGGAUUUCCUGCGUGCGAUAAGAACUAAAAUUGAGGAACUGAAGCUAACAGGACGACCUGGGUCACACACCUGUGCGCUGAAAGUGCAUUCGAACAAAAGCUUCACCAGGAAAGAGGUUCUACCAGAGAACCCUUCUAAACGGAUUGCCAUAGAGUACUGGGUGCUGUAUCGACCGGCGGCCAAAAACUUUCCGCUGGUGGACGGCUUUUUCUUUGUGGACUCAAAACCGAAGAUAAUGGUUGGGCUGCAGAUCACUACGGCGCGUGAGCAUCACACCAUACCCAGCACUGUGGAGCUGUUCACUGAACGUAUGGCGGCAUAUUUUAAGGGCUGGAAGACAUUAUCUCGAAACUUGUUGUGGGAGAUUGCUUAUGUGCAGCACAAAGACAACAAGCCGCUGGAUGACUGGCAGAGAUGUGGUCCCGCCGAUCCCACUAAUUUGAACGACGCUGAAAAAAUAAUUGCGGAGUUUUGGAAGAAAAAGGUGUAUCAGUACCGAGUAGGUGUAUCAGCCGAUGACAUCAAACCAACAGCUUCCAGCGUGGAAAACGACCAACAAGAUACAAGCACAAAUUAG